AUGGGAGCUCCCAAUGAGACAAUGCUGACUGAAUUCAUCUUGACUGGAUUAUCGGAAUAUCCCAGAGCACAGGCUGUGCUCUUCUGUUUCUUGUUGAUGGCGUACCUCGUCAGCAAUCUUGGCAACGGCCUCAUCAUCAUAUUGAUUAUUGCUGAUCCGCAGCUCCAUAAUCCCAUGUAUUUCUUUCUCUGUGUCCUCUCUUUGAUUGAUCUUCUCAUCACCAACAACACAGUCCCUGAGGUCUUGGCCAAUUGUUUCUUUUACAUGCCCACCAUCUCCUACUACAGAUGUUUGAUCCAGAUGUACGUUGGAAUGAUCCUUUUCUCAACUGAAACGAUCUUGCUGGCCAUCAUGGCGUACGAUCGCUUCGCUGCCAUAUGCCAGCCCCUCCACUACAUGCAGAUCAUAAGCUGGAGAUUCUGCAUCAAUCUGGUGGCGUCAACCAUAGCUCUGUCCUUCCUGAUAACUUUUAUCACGGUGCUGUUGCAGCCAACUGACUUCUGUGGCCACUAUGUCAUCAAUCAUUUUGCGUGUGAGAUACAGACUUUUCUCAAACUGACUUGCUCGGAUACACAUACUGGUGAGAUCUUUGUACAUAUUUCCAGCCUCUUCCUGCUAGUACCCCCCUUCAGUUUCAUUGUUGUGACAUAUGGGCGCAUAGGCUGGGCUGUCCUGCACAUCCGCUCUGCCCAAGGUCGCAAGAAAGCCUUCUCCACCUGUAGUUCUCACCUCACUGUGGUCAGUAUCUUCUAUGGUGCUCUCAUGAUCAUGUACUUAAAGCCUCAACAAAAAUCUCUUUCUGAAGGGGAAAAAAUUGUAUCUGUAAUGUAUGGGGCUAUGACUUCCAUGCUCAACCCGGUAAUAUAUAGCUUGAGAAACAGAGAUGUGAAGGCAGCUUUCUGGAAAGUGGUUGGAGGGAAAAUGUCAAGGUAA